AUGAUUAGGGAAUUCUUAAAAGAUAAUACAGAAAGUUGUCUUGAUUUGAUAGAUAGAGGUGAGAAUCUUGAAGAAGUUGAUAAAAAGAGUGGCAAAUCAUUAUUAUAAAUUGCAAUAACAAAUAAUAAUUUAGCUUUAGUCAAAGCUUUAUUAACUAAGAAGGCCGAUGUCAAUUUUUUAAACAAAUUUGAUAAGAGCACUCCUUUAUUUACAUCAAUUUAAUUAAAUUUCUUAGAAGCAGCAUAAGCAUUAUUAUAAACUCAUUAAGUUGAUGUUGAAGUAGAAAUAGAAGAGAGAACAUAUUUGGAACAUGCAGUAGUGAUUGGAACAGUGUAAAUGAUCUAAUUACUUAUAAGUAAUAAGUGAAAUAUAAUUAGAAUAUAAGGUACCUAUAUAAGGAAAUCUACUACAUUUAGCUAUUAAUGCAGAAUAAGAUGAAAAUGCAUUAUUUUUAAUUUAAAAUGAAAUAGGAUUAUUUAAUUAAGAUGAAGAUCAAGAGAAUGUUUUACAUUUAUUAGCAUUUAAUGGUAAUGCUGAAUUACUAAAUGCUAUAAUUAAAAGACACAUAAAUAAACCAUUUUAAGUUGAUAUUUGGAAUUAAUAAAAUAAAGAAGGAAAUGCACCUUUACAUAUAGCUGCAAUUAAUGAUAAGUAAUUAUUCUUGAAAGUAUUACUUACAAAUAAGGAUAAUAUUAAUUUGGAUGUGAAUAAAUAAAAUAGAGCUGGAUUAACUUAUUAAUAAAUAAUAGAAGAUAGAAAAAAGAAAGUUGAAUUAGAAUAAUAAGAGUAAUAAGUAAGAAAAAGAUAAAUAGCAGAAGAUAGAGUAUUUUUUUAAUUAAUUAAUUAAUUAGAAAGAAAGAUAAUAAUAAAGGGCUAAGGAAGUAGAGAAUCAGAUAAUAGAAGAAAAAGAAGCAAAAAGAAAAUAAAAAGAAUAAGAAGCUAAUAAAGAAAUCUUAUAGAAGAAAGAAGAUACAAAAAAUAGACUUUUGAUGUUGGCUAUCUUUGCCGUUGUUAUUCUAGGAUUCUAUGUAGUGUUAUAAUUUAGUAUAAAGAACAAAUGAGU